AUGCCACUGCUUCGCCAACUCCUGUUUGCUACUGCCGGUCUGGCAGUAGCGGACAACCUGACUACGAGACAGUUGCGAGGGAGCUGCAUUCCAUCCUACAACGUGAAUUGCAUGCACAACCCGACGUGCUGCGAUCCUACGACCACCUGCUAUGCCAAAGAUCAUGCUGUGGCCGUGUGUCUUCACAGUUGUCAGCCAGGGAUCCAUUCGAAUGACUUGCCCCAGUACCAAACACCUUGGACCUGCGAUGUCGUUGGGAAAGCUCCGCCAGGGCCUCCGCCAGCGCCUCUGCCAGCUCCAGCGGCUCCGACCCACCAGGAGAGCAACGGGAAGUGCACAGCGAAUUACCAUGUGAAUUGCAUGCAAAACCCGACAUGUUGCGAUCCCAAAUCCAAGUGCUACGCGAAGGAUGAUGCUGUGGCCAUUUGCAGAGAGAGCUGUGAGCCUGGAAUCCAUUUGGAUGAUCCACCGCAGUGGCAAACCCCCUGGAGCUGUUCCCUGGUGAGCUCAUCACCUACCCUGGAUCCAAGGCCGGACCACCCUCAGCCGCCUCAGCCGCCUCAGCCCACGUCCUUGUCACGCCCAAGCAGCGGACAGCUGAUGGAGUUCGUGAUGUACCGAGCGCAGAAUGAUGCCGACUACGAGCUGGAAAAUGUUAAUGCUGGAAAUUUGGAGGGAAUCAUGUGGUACCUGCAAAAUGAGGUCUUCAGUGGCGUGUAUGGACCAGGCCCCAAGUUUGGUAUCACGCGCAUCCUACGCAUCAAAGUCCUAGUUCGAGCAACACAGCCAUUGGUGGACAAGGGCAUGAACUUUGGCAUUCGGGUUGCCUUUGAUAGUGGCAAAUGCACGGGUCCAGAUUGUGCCAUGGAUUGGAGUGACUAUGGUUACAAUGUGGGCUGCAACAAAUUGGGUGACUGGCCAUUUCCAACCUAUGACACCCACUUCGAUGGUGGAAUUUGGUACAGUCUUCCCGGUGCGUGCCCUUCUUUAUCCUACCUGCACGAAACCGACGACCCGGCUUGCAAAAUUAAUGAGCCAGGCGGCAAAUGCCCUGGUAUUCCCACAGGAGCUGGGGAUUGCACGUGGAACUAUGAAAAUGCCGGGGAGUUGCGCCUGACUGACCUGUACCGGGACAGAGAUCACAAGGCCUUCUGGGCUGGGAACAGCGAUGCGGAGAAUCAGCGUAAGGUGGAGGUGGCCCGAGACCUCUUCGUUGCGAAGUACGGUCCUGAUCCCCCAGUGCCUCCAUGUGACUUCAGUCAGGCCAAGGUUUUUGGUCGAUGA